AUGGCCUACAACAACACAUCUCAUGGCAGUUUGCAUGCCCUAUUUGAAGCCUCAUUCCAGAAACUCACCGAUGCUGUGUCAAGCGACACCUCCACUGUAUCACACAAGGCCCACUGCGACCGUAAUGAGCAACACCUACUCAGUGGAUUAUCCAUCAUCGGUGCGGGAGACGAACCCGCUGACGCUGAAUUCAUACAACAUAACCGUCCUCCUAAGUAUCUCGGCAACACUGACUUCCACUCAUAUCUCGACAUUUUCGAUGAGCUCAACACAGAGCUCAAGCAUUGGCAGACGGCGAGAGCCGGCAAAUUGGCAUUGGUCGUCGCCGUUCAGGUGAAGCGGGCCAUGCCCACAAGGUCUGGGUUUAACGCAAUCGUCACACGGGUUGGUUGCGUUCUCCAAUGGGUAGACGAGAUAAAGCGACAUUGCAAACCAAGCAUUGGCCUUCGUGGAUCACUCGACGAUCCCAAGAUCGACACAAGUCGUCUCUUGGACUACGGCAUCGUCAUCUUCCUCAAGCGCCGAUACCAAGAGAGUCUUACCUUCGAAGGAAAUGUAGAGCGCCCGAAUGCCGUUCUACAUUCCAACUACUACAGCCAGGUCAAUCGAAACAUCACCGUCCUCAUCCUGGACGAGUCCCACGAUUAUCGCAACGAGCAGUCGUUAUAUUUCGACGCCGUUAAGUCGUUGAAGUACCACCAUCUCUUCAUGCUUAGUGGUACACCAAUGUUCAGCCGUUCCGAAGACAUCAUGCGCCAGUCACGACUCAUGCCAGGUGGCGGCUUGUUCAGUAGCAAGGAGCACUACAAGGCACUGUUCUACUCAGAUGCACAGCAGCAGCAUCCCACGGGGCCUCCAUUGCAACUAUUUAACCGAUUAUAUCGAGGCCUUAUGGUGGCUUGA